AAGCAGAGCAAAGGCAGAGCAAAAGCACAGCAAAAGCAGAGCAAAAGCAGAGCAAAAGCAGGAGCAAAAGCAGAGCAAAAACAGAGAAAAGAGCAAAAGCAGAGCAAAGGCAGAGCAAAAGCACAGCAAAAGCAGAGCAAAAGCAGAGCAAAAGCAGAGCAUAAGCAGAGCAGCAAAAGCAGGAGCAAAAGCAGGAGGGAAAGCAGGAGGGAAAGCAGGAGCAAAAGCAGUGCUCCAGGCCGGUUCAUCCCAAGCAGAGGUGCUUGGAAGAGACCGUACCCGAAACAAGAACAACAGCAGCAGCAACAACAGCGGCAGCUUCCCCUCAAUCAAACGAACAAAUUUUCUCCGAUGCCGAUGCAGCAGUCAAUCGACCCCAUCCUCCCCUGA